CAUAAAUAAAUAUAAAUAAAUAUCAUAUAAUGCAUAUGGGUUAUCAACUUCAAAAUGAGGAAGGGGACUAUUAGUUUUAUGUAAUUUAGAUUUAUAUUUUGGAAUAGAAUAAUAGAAAAUAAUUUCAAACAUUAUUUGCACAUGGAAAAAGUAUCGCUCAGAAACACUACACUAGAUGUGAAAAAAUCUAGAAAAAUCUGCUGCUAUGCGUGGGAGGAAAAUCUCUCCUUCCCUGGCUGUCAUCUGUUGUUGCAGGAAUGUUGAAGUGAAAUGUGAAACUGAAAAAUAAGCUAUUGGAAUUUAUUAUUUAGCAAUGCCCAAUUGGCACUUAAUAAAACCGUCCUCGUAAUAAACGAACUCAAGGAAUUGUUAUUCGUUAUUCAAUUGCUGACUAAGCUAAGCAGUUUAUGGAAAUAAAAAGUGCCUUGCAUGUUAUGAUAAAAUUGUUUAUUUUUGUAACUCGAUAUUGUGUAUAUUAUUACAGUGUUUUGCAAAAAUGCCUUCAAUACCAACUGUUAUCGAGCCCGAUGCAGAAUGUCGUAGUGUCACAGACAGUAUAGGAUCGCAUUCAGACACAUCGGCACAUACUAGCGUUACCAUGACCAAGCCUCAUAUGGAAGUAGUGUGCAUUAUCGAUAUCUGCCAGAAUGAAAAUUUAGCGCAGAGGAAAAAGGCAUUUGAAGAAGUUAAAAUGGCUUGUAUUCAAGUUGGAGCUAAUGUUUCACAUAUACAGUUUGAAAAACUCGAUUUUGGAGAAGCAAAUGUGGUCAGCAGUUUUUACAAUGCAGAUGUGAUAAUUAUCGAUAUAUCAUUACCAAUGCAACAGAGUACACUAAUAUACCAUUUAGGUGUACGGGAAAGUUUCAAUAUGAAGCAGAAUAUUUUAAUUUACAAUGAUAUAGAUCCUGAAAUAACUGUUCGACUUAAGUUGUCAUGUUCAAACUAUCCCUUUGUUUCAUACAAAUUAGCUGAAACGUCAUGUUUAACUACAGGACUAACCGACAGAGGAGAAGAGAUAACGGAAUUUUUGCAUCAAAAAUUGAAGAAACUCUUGCAAGAUGUAGAAAUUCAGAGCAAGGCACAUAUGAAGGAAAGAUUUCUAGUUGACCUAAAAAAAAUUAAUGAAAUUAAAUCAUCUGGACCAAAUAAGAAGGAGGCAUUACAAAAAAUUGUAAAGAGACUAGACGAUCCUAAUGUUUUAUCAGGUGAUACAGUUCUUAAUGUCCUCCUGAGUUUCAGAGAUAUUCAAGGAUAUGAGUCUAUGAUUCAUCUUGUUGAAGAAUUGAAAAAAGUACCAGCUGCUCAAAAAUAUCUCAAUUCUUACAUUAUAUUUUUAUACGCAUUUGCUCUGAAUAGAAGAAAAAAUGACGGCGACAGAGAAAAGGCUUUACAAGUUUGUAUUCGAGCUUUGCAAAAGAAAGAAAACCAUUUUCCCGAUAUGUUGUGUUUAUGCGGGAGAAUCUAUAAAGACAAAUUUACAGAAUCUAAUUAUACAGACCAGGAAAGCUUAGAUCAAGCUAUACAUUGGUAUAAGAAAGGCUUUGAAGUGCAACCCAAUGAAUAUGCAGGAAUUAACCUGGCAACAUUGCUUGUUAUAAAGGGCGAGGAACUAAGCAAAUCUAGCGAAUUGCAACAUAUUGCUAUUGUUUUAAAUAGCCUCAUAGGAAAAAAAGGAAGUUUGGCAUCCUUAAAGGAUUAUUGGGAUGUUGCCACUUUUUUUGAAAUUUCUGUUUUGGCCCAAAAUUAUGCCAACGCAAUAAAUGCGGCAGAAUAUAUGUUUCGACUGAAACCUCCCGAUUGGUAUCUUAAAUCCACCAUAGGAAAUAUACAGCUGAUUGAUCGAUUCAGGAAGAAAAAGGAAGAAGACAUUUCAGCAGAGGAACAAAUUUUUUACUUUUGGAUGGAUUUUUUUACAGAGGCAAUUAAGUUGCCCCACCAAGUAUGUUCGGAUGGUCGGUUUCCUGUUUUAGUUUUUGAACCCAGCAAAGAGUAUAUGCCCAGUCAUGUUUGGAUUAAUUUAGGCGCAGAACCACAAACAAUACAACUAACCAAUGAAUGCCUUAAACGCCUAAAAUUACAAUGUACAGAAAUUCACGAUUGGGAAUUUACAGCUGACGAUAUUAGAAGUUUCAGUUUAAAUACACAAGACGACAGAUCAUUAUUUCUUUAUGUCUUGGCCAUAUCGGAUUGCUUCCAGAUGUUUUUUCCCUCAGAAGCAUGCAGAAGCGUAUUUCAUGACCACUUGGUAAAUUUCCUCAACUAUCAGGAAAGACCAUUAGAGCCUGAACCUCUUCAAGAAAUUCAUUGUGAAUAUGACCGUGAUGAGCAAGGAAGGAAGAAACUAUUAGGUAAAGGAAGUUAUGGAGUCGUAUAUUCUGCUUUAGAUUUAAAUAAACAAGUUCGUAUAGCAGUCAAAGAAGUACCUGAAAAAAAUCUGGGAGCAGUUCAACCUUUGCAUGAAGAAAUUAGAGUUCACUCUCAACUGAGACACCGAAAUAUCGUUCAAUAUCUUGGAUCUCUUUCGGAAGAUGGUUUCUUUAAAAUAUAUAUGGAACAAGUUCCUGGGGGAUCCUUGAGUGCACUUUUGAGAUCCAAAUGGGGCUCGUUACAGAAAAAUGAACCCACUAUGGCUUCAUAUAGUAAACAGAUAUUAGAAGGGCUGAAAUAUUUACAUAGUCACAGGAUUGUGCAUAGGGAUAUAAAAGGUGAUAACGUUUUGGUGAACACCUAUAGUGGUGUAGUGAAAAUCUCAGAUUUUGGUACAUCAAAAAGAUUAAUAGGUCUGGUUCCUACCACUCAAACGUUUACUGGAACAAUUCAAUAUAUGGCUCCCGAAGUUAUUGACAGAGGACAGCGUGGAUAUGCUGCACCAGCAGAUGUUUGGUCAAUGGGUUGUACCGUUGUAGAAAUGGCUACUGGGAAAACGCCUUUUAUUGAGUUGGGAUCUCCACAGGCAGCUCUUUUUAAAGUAGGAUAUCAUAAGGCUCAUCCUGAGAUUCCAGAACUUUCAGAAAAAGCUACUUCUUUUAUUCUGAGGUGUUUCGAAUCUAAUCCUGAUAAGAGAGCUACUGCCGAACAGUUAUUGGAGGAUCCCUUCUUAGGGCCUGAAAGAAAGAAACCCCUACGGGUUAACACAGAGUUCAAUAGAAGCGUCUCAGUGCCAGUGGAUAAAAUGGUUCCCAGAAUGCUUGCUGGACACUCUAGUGCUCCAAAUCAAACUCCCGUAACUCCAGAAUCUGAUUCUAGCCAUCACUAUUCCAGAACUGCCUCACUCCUGCCACCAAUCCAAAUGCCUACUGUCACUGAUAUCAACUUUGGAAGCUUGGCAUCAACUCCAUCUUUAGAUUGUGGCGAUUCUGGUUUGGAGAGACGAAAUUCUUCCGGUACGCUUUUAUCACCAGAAGCAGAUUUAGGAACGGAAACGGACGGUUUUUAUCUUCUCAAAAAAGAUUCUCAGCGCAGAACCACAUUGUCCAAAGUACUGGCUAAUGAUGGGACUAAAAUAUGCGACCUCUGGAUGCAAAAAGUUAGAGACAAGUAUUUAGGCGAAACUGUUUUGACUCCCCAACAUUUGCACAAGCUAAUGGAGGCUUUGAAGUCAUACGUGACAGACCCAUCUUUAAGUAUCGUUGAAUCAACAAUAAAGCAGCUCAAAGAAGAACUAGAUUACGACUAUGCCUCUAUCAACCAGCUACAGUUUGCCAUAUACUUAUAUCAGGAAUCUGUUAACGAAAUCCUGCGACUUCACCCCAUAAAACCCCACUGGAUGUUUGCAUUGGAUCAUUUAGUACGUUCUUGCGUUCAAGCUGCUAUGACGGUACUGACACCUGAGCUAAGUGAAAAUCUCGCAGCCCAAGGCUCUGUGGACACUACAAAAUCCAGCAAGACUAAUGAUAGUUUUGAAAUAGGACAUCCGUCUUUGGCACAUCUCAAAGCUGGCGAACAUACAAGAACUUGUCAUGAUUGUUCGGAGAAUUUUUCAAAAAUGAUUAAAGAAUUGCAAGAAGCUUAUAAGCAACAAAUAGAGUCGCUGAAAUCGUUGCUACAAGAAACCACUUUACGAAUAAGUAUCCAACCGCCACCAGAAGCACAGGAAGAAGAAGAAGAUCCCAGGCUUGCCCAUUGGCUUAAAGGUUUGGGAAUAAGUGAAGCCUCUCAAAAAAAGGUUUUGUUACGUGGAUAUACUUUGGAAGAAGUAUUGCAUGACUUUACCAGAGAAGAAAUAAGGGGACUUGGAUUAUUAGGGGCUUCCGGCUUAAGAAUUUGGAAAGCCAUUAAACAAUAUCGUGGUACUAAUGGUGUUAAGUAAUAUUUGACAAAAAAUACUAGCAUUGUACAAAAUUGAGACACAAAUUAGAUGUUGUUUCGGUUCCAACUAAACUGUAAAACUGCUUUGAUUGGAACCAAAACAGAGCAUCAAUGGACACAGACUGCCCUGAAAUGAAAGUUAGGCAGGUAUGUUCCAAUACGAAUCACAGUUUGAUGGUAUUGGUAUUUUGAUUUAAGUUUUAUUUUUACGAAUGAGAAUUUGGUUUAUUAAUUUUUGUGGCAUUAGGGAAUGUCUUGUUGGAAUUGUGUUUACUUUGUUAAUUUUUUUUUAUGAUUCAAUUUCUAUCAGAAUAUUUUCCAGAUGGAAUGAAUCCAUCUGGAAUAUGCAAUAAGUGUGAUUGUGCUCUGUAAGUAUCGAAUUCAAAGGAACUUUUCUCUCCAAUUGUCUUACAACGCACAAUCAAACGCAUUGCAUAUUCUGGCAGUGUCUAAAAGCCAUACAACCUCAUGGCAGUGAAUUUUAGACUUACCGCUUGUACUACUGUGACUUUUCCAUAUGGAAAAUAUUCUGACUAAAUUCAUCACACUCUCAAUUGUUAGAUUUCUAUUUUGACUAGCAAGAUGCAGUUUCAUUUGGAACAUUUUAUAGGUUAUUAUUAUUUUUUUUUUAAGUGGGUAUUUUUCGAAACACACAAUGAAAAUUAGCAGAAUGGCACUAUAAAAAACUGACAGAAAUUGUAUUUUUUGUUUUUAAAAACAGAAAAAUUUAUUAUUUAUUAACUUUUAUUAUAAGAAGAAUAAUAUUUAUUAUAUGUUAACGAAUUUAUAGUUUAUUUAUACAUUAGAAUAGGGUUACACCCUUGGUUAUACUGUGAUUGUUUUUUUUUUUUUUUGUUCUCCAAUUUAAUUGAAUAAAUUUUUAUUCAGCAAAAAAAAUUGUUGAAAUUUUUUUACCAAUGUUAUUCAGGAUUAAACUGUUUAUUUGUCUUCCGAAAACGAAUGAAAGAACUGACUAAAGUUGAUCCAUAUAUUAGAAAGUAUACAAUUUUUAUUGUUUUUUUCUGAGUGAAUAUAUUUUUUAUUUGGAGAUCAUUAAUUAUUGUUAUAUUUUAAGGCAUAAGAAAU